AUGGAAACAAUGACAAUUCCAUACGUCACAUUGAAACCAACCUACACGAGAACUGCGGAGAAUGCGGGAGUGGCACAGAUGAACAGAAGGGGACUUCGUGUCGCAGAGAUGAACGGCAGAAAACUCAGUGCUUUGCCAAGAUGCCAAGUUGGAAAGGAGGCGGGAAGAAGACGCACAGGUGAGAUAGAGGUAAAAGAAGAAGACGCCACCCAGGGAGACGUGGAAGAGAAAAAAGACGACUGCCCAAUAGAGAUAGUCGCACAUUGUCUCCCCGUGUAG